AUGGAAGAACCAGAGAAUAAUAUCACUGUUCUAUGCGUCGGUCCAAAAGGUUCUGGGAAGACAACUUUACUGAAAAAGUUACAGGACGUAGAAGGAAUCGACUAUACUUACAGCCCCGUGCCAACGAUUGGGACUAACAUAUAUUAUUUGUAUUACCUCAACAAACAUGGGAAGAAGCAAAUGCUAUGUAUAAGGGAGGUCGGCGGUGAAAUGGUACAGUUGUGGAGUAAUUAUCUUGAUGGAAUAGAAAAGGUGAUUUUUGUCGUAGACACGUCAAACUUAUGUCAAAUAUCUGCUGGUGCUGUGAUGUUUUACACGUUACUUGCUGAACCAAAACUACAACAAGCGAAGUUCAUUUUAGUGCUCACUAAGAUGGAUGCAGCAUAUAGACAGAUGCGAAACGAAGCACUUCUCAUGCUACAAUUUGCGAGGUUAAGUAAGGAGCUCCCAAGCGCUCCUGUUUUGUUAGAAGCGUCUCCACUAACAGGAAUGGGUCUUGACGCCCUGCGCGAUCACAUCACUAACAAACAAAAAUCAAUAACGAAAUAA